AUGUGGGGCGCAAACCAGAGCGGUGGCGGCUGCGGUGGCGAUAACGAUUGCGGUGGCGGUCAUCAGGCGGACUCUAUGCCCGCAAACCAAUGCAAUGUCUCAGCGACAAAUUUAGUAUCUUUAAGAGUAUUCAGAAUUAAAGCUUUGUUAGUGGAUGAAGAUAAGGAAAGACAUGUUUGCUACUACUCCAUAAAAAGAAUAUCCCGCGAACUAUGCGGGCAAAUAAUCCAUGCAGCGUUCUACCGCAGGCCGCAAGUUGGCCGCGCUAGAAGGCGGCAAAGAGAGCAAGCGCGUUUGCAGAAGGGGCCUAUACUGGACAGAAUGUUCGCUUCGACGUCACAAAGAAAUGAUGAUGGUUUGCGGGCGUCAUACAAUAUCUCGUUACUUAUAGCAAAAUCCGGAAAACCGCAUACUAUCGGAGAGAAGUUAAUUUUGCCAGCCGUUGAAGAGGUUUUAAAAACUGUUUUACAUAAACCUGCAUCUGAUAUCAUUAAAAGAAUUCCCUUAAGCAACAAUACUGUUGAAAGACGUAUUGAUGAAAUGAGUUCUGAUAUUGAAAGCUUCUUAUGUAAUUAUUUGCAAACGACCCAUUUCUCUAUACAACUGGACGAGUCAAUUUUACCUGAUAAUGCAGCAUUAUUAUUGGCAUAUGUUCGUUUUAUUAUGAAUCAAGAAAUCUACGAAGAACUGCUCUUCGCAAGAACUUUAAUAACCGACACUAAAGGUGAACCAAUAUUUCAUGUUUUGAAGGAUUACUUCAUUGAAAAAGCAAUUCCUUUAUCAAAUAUAAUAUCAGUAGCUACAGAUGGAGCACCUGCCAUGGUUGGACGUUAUCGUGGAUUUAUAAGCUCUUUAAAACAAAAUGUGUCAGGGGUGUUAGCAAUACAUUGCGUCAUCCAUCGACAACAUUUAGUUGCUAAAAAUUUGAGUGUUAGAUUGCAUGAAUCACUUCAUUUAGUCAUUGAUGCAGUAAACCGAAUCAGAAGCAACGCGUUGAAUACGCGGUUAUUUGCGCAGUUGUGUGAAGAAAAUGACGAACACUUUCAUCAAUUACUCCUUCACACUGAAGUACGCUGGCUGUCGAAAGGCUUAUGUUUGACAAGAUUUUUUGCACUUUUUGAGACUAUUUUAGAAUUUCUGGAUACUAAAGCGUUUCUUGCCAGAGUUAAACUAAUGAAGCAAAAUAUUGGACGGGGCGAAAUUUCUCAGUUCCCCAAUUUGUCACAGACAAGCUGCCAGGAAGACGACGUUUCAACUUACGUUCAACAUUUAAAUGCCCUCUAUUCAGAUUUUGAAUCUAGGUUUGAGGAUAUUUUGACUAUGGUAAUACCACCGUGGAUAAUUAAUCCAUAUGGUGACAUAGAAGAAACGAAUGUCAUAAUACAAGAGGAACUGACUGAACUAAGUACAAACAAAGAACUUAAGGUUCAGUUUAAAAACGGAUAUCAGCAAUUCUGGCUGCAAAACAACAUACCCGUUACUUAUCCCGUAUUAUGGAAUAUAGCGAGGAAAUGUUUAAUUUCCUUUCCAUCGUCAUACCUAGUGGAAAGGGGGUUCAGCGCUGUUACCAAUCUCCUAACGAAAAAAAGAAACAGACUGUACAUCAUUAGCCGAGAUAAGGGAGAUCAGAGAACCAAUAAGUUGGAUAAACGAUGCUCUUCACGUGCAAAUUCUUGCUCAGAUUCAACGCAGGUGUUCCAAAUAGUAUGUCAAAGCAGGUAUUGA